GAGAAGCAUUUUGGCAGGAGGAUGAGGGACGGUGCUGUUGAUCGAUGCUGUCAGCUGCUACUUUUGUCACUGCACAGCGUUACCUUGCGCAGAGGAUUAAGAAGCAGCCGGCGGAUUCGCACUUUGACAGAUGCGUAGCCGUUUUCCGCUCAGUUCACCUGGCAUUGUGCCUCAUUACAGACGACUGUUCUUCGGUAUCUCGGCAAAAAGAAAAGUCGACAUUUUGCCAUUUUAAUCGUCUUUUUGUGAAUAUAUGGCUACAUUAUUGGUAGUUCCAGCAGAAAUUUCAAGUGCUUUCAACUAAAAUAGAUCGAUCUGCUUUACUAAUUAGUCAUUUGGUAUAUAAAUAGCGGUCGUUUUGUAGUAGGCAUAGUGUAUUUAACAGGAGACAUUCCAUUGAGUAAGGCAGACCAGUUUAGCUGGCGGAAAAUUCAUCUGAAACCAAUUUACAAGAUCUGCUGGUCUCAACGGGAUUUUCCACGAGAGAAUCGACAAUGGUCCGACAGGAGUACCUGUCCAUGUCGCAGGGCGGCGCCGUCCCGAGUACCAGCUCCGACAUCUACAAGAUUGGCAUCUACGGGUGGAGGAAGCGAUGCCUCUAUCUCUUCGUGCUGGUCUUACUGGCCGUCCUGGUUGUGAACCUGGCACUGGCCAUCUGGAUUCUCCGAGUCAUGUGGUUCAACUCUGAAGGGAUGGGGCUGUUACAAGUGACAGCAGAUGGUGUGAGACUGGAGGGUGAAUCUGAAUUUCUGUUUCCACUCUAUGCCCAGGAGAUUCACUCAAGAGAGGAUUCGUCUCUUCUUCUGCACUCAUCUCAGAAUGUCACCCUCAAUGUCCGUAAUGACAACGGAGAUGUGAGCGGCAGACUGACUGUAGGGCCUGGAAUGGUGAAGGUACAGGAGGAGAGCUUUGAGGUCACCUCGGACAAAGGCGACAUGCUGUUCUCCGCUGAUGGGAACAAGGUGGCUCUGGGGGUGGAGAAGUUGCGUGUCACGGGACCAGAAGGUGCUCUAUUUCAGCAUUCUGUAGAAACCCCACUGGUCAAAAGUGAUCCCUUAAAAGACUUGAGGCUGGAGUCGCCCACCAGGUCUUUAAGGAUGGAUGCUCCCAAAGGUGUCCACAUCAAAGCAGCAGGGGGCAACACUGAAGCUGCAUCCAACCUUGACAUUAUCCUGCACACAAGUGAAGGAAUGCUGAUCCUCGAUGCAGAAACAGUACGGCUGCCCAAGCUGCCCAAGGGCGUUGGAGGUUUGCCAAGGGUUACCAACACAGUUUAUGAGGUGUGCGUCUGCCCCAGCGGCAAACUGUAUUUCACCUGGGCUGCUUUAACCUCAACGUGCUAUGACAGGCAGGACUGCUAGAGGCCCUCCAGGCCUGCAGGUGGCGUAUGCUAUUUGGAAGGAUUCUUACCUUGUCUGUUUAAUCAGUAUUACAUUAUUUAAUUGCAUUGCAGAUUUUUUUCUUGCAGCUGAUACUGUAUGUACACUAUACCCAUUUAUUACACUGUAGAUAAUUAGAAUGGAUGCAUAUAUUAUGUUAAAUCAGAGAAAUCAAAACUGGCACACUUACUCGUUCUUGAGAAAAAGUCCUAGUUCUAGUGUGACUCCACUGGUAACAUGACAUUUGUCAGAUAUGGAGAAUGAACUGGAAAAAAUAUAAUUCACACAAUUUUUUUCCACAAAUGAGUGUGACACUUUUAUAAAACUGUUUAUGUGGUUUACUUUGUUGUUUUUUGUAUAUAAUUUAUGAGAGCUGGGCAAUGAAGGGCUGGUAACAGCUUGCAUUCUAUGCAAUGUUUUUAAAGAGUAAUAAUGCAAGUAUCUCCUGGCCUUUCAUUUCAAGUUUAAUCUGCAAAUAUACUCAAGUCGUGUGUAUGUAGGUGUUCUGGCUAAGAACAGAAUAUACUGCCACAGGGAAGGUUUGUCACUGUAGAUUCAGAAUAAUAUUUCAGAUUUGUAAAGUGAAAAUGUUUGGAUUUUUGGUGGGCUGAAUGAAUAAAACCUGCUUUAACUAUGAAAUUGUUUGGUAGUAGGUAUGCAUAUGGCUGCUCAUCUCACCUGUGCUGCUGCUACCGUCAAACACGUUUCUGUAUUCCUAGUCAGUCCAACACGUUUCUGUAUUCCUAGUCAGUCCAACACGUUUCUGUAUUCCUAGUCAGUCAGUUGUCAUCUGUAUUUUCUCAGGUACUUGUGAGUUAAACUGGUGGUUCAAUAUGUGUCUACACUUUGCUAUUUACUAAACGCAUAUAAAGAAAAAUCUUAAAAUAA